AUGUCCUAUAUUGAAAAGCAAAAUGCCAUCAAGCCCCCAAAUCCAGAAGAAGUUCCAAGCCUCCAAAUUGAGGAUGGAUCUAUGAACAUGAAUGACAGCAUGAAAAAUGACACAAACAGUACAGAUAUCUUUAAUGUAUCAACAACCAUCUCCACGUCUACACUCCCCACUACCAAGCGUGUACCGGUGGACCUCCCCAAAAAAGGAUCGGCGGAGGAGGAGCACCACAGCAGCUUCACCAUCUUCUUCAUCCUCCUCCUCGUCGCCUUAUCAAUUUUGACAACUCAUAUGCUCAUUCAAACCAGAUUUCAUUAUUUGCCAGAGAGUAUAGCAGACAUAUUAUUAGGUGCAUUUGCAGGAUUGUUAUUAAAACUGACACAUUCAGGAAAUGGACAGAAUGCUGAAGCCUUUAAUCCAACAGUUUUCUUCAUAGUAUUACUGCCACCUAUUAUUUUUGAAUCUGGAUACAAUUUACAUAAGGGUAACUUUUUCCAGAAUAUAGGUUCUAUAUUGAUUUUUGCCAUUCUUGGGACAGUUGUGUCAGCUCUAGUGGUGGGAGGUGGGAUUUAUUUACUUGGGCAGGCCCAAGUGGUGUACAAGCUUAGCUGGAUAGAAUCCUUUGCCUUCGGGUCCUUGAUCUCCGCCGUGGACCCGGUGGCCACUCUAGCCAUUUUUCAUGCUCUGGACGUGGAUCCAGUACUUUACAUGUUGGUGUUUGGAGAGAGUGUCCUGAAUGAUGCAGUGUCCAUUGUACUUACUACUACUGUGUUAGAGUAUGCUGAUCCCUCAGUACAGAUCACUAACAAAGCUGAGGCUGUUUUCUCCGCAGCCGGCAGAUUUCUUGUCAUGUUCUUUGGUUCAUCAGCUAUAGGAGUUGUGUGUGGCUUAAUCAGUGCAUUACUAUUAAAAUACAUAGACUUGAGGAAAACUCCCUCCCUGGAGUUUGGACUCAUGUUAACAUUCUCAUACUUGCCAUAUGCUUUAGCUGAAGGAAUUCAUUUAUCUGGUAUAAUGGCCAUAUUGUUCUGUGGCAUUGUGAUGUCUCAUUACACUCAUCCAAACUUGUCCCCCGUGACACAAAUCACGACCCAGCAGACAUUCAGAACUAUAGCCUUCAUUGCUGAAACCUGUGUGUUUGCCUAUCUUGGCCUAGCCCUUUUUAGUUUUAAAUUGACAGUUAAACCUGCAUUUGUGAUAUGGAGCAUAGCUCUGGUACUCAUAGGAAGAGCUUGCAAUAUCUUCCCUCUGUCAUUUAUCAUGAACUACUUCAGGGAACAUAAAAUCCCCAGAAAGAAUCAGUUUAUUAUGUGGUUCAGUGGUUUACGUGGUGCUAUAGCCUUUGCCCUCAGUCUACACCUGGAGUUUGAGCAGGAGAAGAGGUACGUCCUAGUCACGGCAACACUCAUCAUCGUUCUCUUCACCGUUAUAUUCCUGGGAGGGAUGACUCUACCAAUGAUGAAGUGCUUAGAAGCAAAAAAGAAAAAGAAGAAGAAAUCAGAGAGGGAGGUCUCACUCAGUAAAACAAAGGAAAUGGGAGAGACCGUGGACACAGAUCAUUUAUCUGAACUGACGGAGGAGGAAUAUGAGGUGGGGUACGUUAGACCUCACCAGAAGGGGUUUAUGAAGAUUGACACUAAGUACCUGAUACCCUUCUUCACAAGGAGAUUUACCAAACAGGAAGUAAAGGAGGGAAGGACCCAGAUUAAUCACCUGGCCACUCAGUGGUACCAAGACGUCCGAGCUGUCCCCUCAGAAUCAGACUCAGAGGACGAGGCAGAAACCAGCCUUAUCAACCCCACUCCGGAAGUCAACCAUCACUGAUCUCAUACUGCGCAGUGUUACAGGAAAUAUCAUUAGAAAAUGGUGGUUUCAUAUUGUUAAGGAAGCUGGACUUUCAUAGUUAUGUGUUCACAGACUCUUUUGUCUUGGAAGUUGAAAACAGGAAAUACCUUAACUUCAUGUAUGUGAAUUUACCACUGUAAAUUCUUUGAAAAAAACGGUUUGCUCAAACUUGUGCAUGUAAAUGUACUUGUUAGUAACAUAUACAUUGUUAUGAUCUCUCAUCUUUACCAAAGAUCAUCAUGUAGAACAUACUUAUUUUCGAUCUAUAUUACAAAGAUACCAUUUACGUUAUUUAAUAUGCUCCUGUAAAGCUAAUUUAUUCAUAAUGAAUACUUGAGUAAUAAUAUUUGUGAAAAAUAAGAUUUUGUGGUGGAUGUAUAAAUUCAUUGGUCUCUUUAUACAUGUACCUUGAAAACAACAAAAAUUACAUCCCCCUUUUGCAAAUAUGUAUUACUGAUAGUCAUUGUAGUUUCCAGUUACAUAUCUUUUAAACAAUGAUGCAUGACUGAAUGAGAAAAGGAAUUAAUUAAUGUAUUUCGGAUUGUAUGUAAAAUUUUCUUUCACUUAAUAUGGACACAUUCUUCAGUGAUAUUAUAUUUAUAGGUGAAGAUAAUUGCAUGUAAGAUCUAAAAAAAAAUUAUGUAAUUCUUAACAAGUAUAACCAGACCUCUCUAUAUUGUCACUGUUUUCUAGACACAGUAAAACUCAGUUAUAGUGAAGUCCUGGGGACCUCUGAAUUUACUUUUACAAUAUCUGUGUUAUGUUUAUCAGUAUAAUGAAUUCAAUUAAAGUUUAAUAGCAAAUUCACAAUAUACACAUGUACAUCAUGACCAUUGAACAUGUUUAGGGAGGUGAUAAAUACAUUUAUAAAACUUUCUUUGGGGUACUUUAGAUUUUUGGUCAAUUGAAUUUUGAAUGUAAAUACUUACCAAAAAAAUAAUAAAGAUUUUUUUUUGGGAUUAAGGAUUUUGAAAAUUAAAUUAUGAAAGCUAGUGUAAAACUCUAUAGGUUGGACACAAAAUCACUUUGCUAUAUACAUGUGUAUUUUGAAAUUCAUUAUAUCAGAAUUCUUUAAACCGUAGUAUUUCCACCAGAAUCUUAAGAAUUUUUUGUGAUGCGGAUUGAUCCAGAAGAAUUUGCUAUAUCCAUGAAUUCAUUAUUAUCUGUUUCUGUACUCAAUGAGUUUUACUGUUGUGCUUGACGAGAAAAUGCUUGUAAACUAGAUUUUUUUUUAAUUAAAAAGGGCAGUGUCUUUCAGAUUAAUCCAUAUUUUACUCAGACUGUGAUUUAUUUUCAUUGCUUAUGUUUGUAUAAAUGCUUCCUUAGUGGAAAUAUAGUUACAUGUAGUACGUAUGAUUGUUUUGUUAAGAAGUGAAACUAUCACCAAAUCUAAUUCAUGCAGUCAUGGUGCAAGAGAAAAGAAAAGAACUGCAUGUUACAUGUAACUGUGACACUUUCAAAUGUGAUGCAGGAAUAAUACAUGUACAUGUACAUAUUAUGUUUUAAUAAUAUGUAAUUGUUGAAAAGAUUGAGCAUGAAAAAUAAUUAAGUAAUGAAUUCCAUAACUCAAAUGAAUCAUAGUAUUGCAAUUCUCUUACCUUGUUUAACUUUUGUUUGAGAACAGUUUAAGAACUGUUUAGUAUUUCAAUUUGCCUCUUUUUUUUCAACAAUCAAAUGACAUUUUUGUUUUUUGUACCUUUAAAAUUUUUAAUAUUUGUUAUAUGUAAUAUCCCUAACACAUUAAUUUCAAAAGUUAU